GGCUGGGGCCGCCGCCUCGCCGCCUCCGCCUCGGCGAAUAGCAGCGCGCUGCCCGCCGGAUUGGAGCAGCAGCAUCACGCUGACCUCUGCCUGGGAUGUAAACCGGGCCGGCCGCUGCGGGCAGAGGAAGGCUCGCGGCUCCUGCGGGAAACCCAGCGCCACCAGCGGGCUCCGAGCGGCCAGCGGGCGGGCGACGGCAGCCUUGGCCCAGGCAGCGGCGGCUGCGGGCAGCGGAGGGAGCCGGCGCGGGCACGGGCGGGGAGCGUGCGUCCGUUCGCACAGCAGUGGGAGGAGGGGCGGCGCGAGCCAUGGCCGGGGACAGCGAGCAGACCCUACAGAACCACCAGCAGCCCAACGGCGGCGAGCCCUUCCUGAUCGGCGUCAGCGGGGGCACGGCCAGCGGCAAGUCCUCUGUCUGCGCCAAGAUCGUGCAGCUCCUGGGCCAGAACGAGGUGGACUAUCGCCAGAAGCAGGUGGUCAUCCUGAGUCAGGACAGCUUCUACCGCGUCCUCACGUCCGAGCAGAAGGCCAAGGCCCUCAAGGGCCAGUUCAACUUUGAUCACCCGGAUGCCUUUGACAACGAACUCAUCUUCAAGACACUCAAAGAAAUCACAGAAGGGAAAACGGUCCAGAUCCCUGUGUACGACUUUGUGUCCCAUUCCCGGAAGGAGGAGACGGUUACUGUCUACCCCGCCGACGUGGUGCUCUUCGAAGGGAUCCUGGCCUUCUACUCGCAGGAGGUCCGAGACCUGUUCCAGAUGAAGCUUUUUGUGGACACAGACGCCGACACCCGGCUGUCCCGCAGAGUAUUAAGGGACAUCAGUGAGCGAGGGCGGGACCUGGAGCAGAUUCUGUCUCAGUACAUCACAUUCGUCAAGCCCGCCUUCGAGGAGUUCUGCUUGCCAACAAAGAAAUACGCCGAUGUGAUCAUUCCUAGAGGUGCAGAUAAUCUCGUGGCCAUCAACCUCAUCGUUCAACACAUCCAGGACAUCCUCAACGGAGGGCUUUCCAAAAGGCAGACCAACGGCUAUCUCAACGGCUACACCCCUUCACGCAAGAGGCAGGCAUCAGAGUCCAGCAGCCGGCCGCAUUGACCCCUGCCUCCUUCAGACCCCGGCCCCUAUCUCCAGGAGACAGAGGAGGGGUCAGGAGGCACCAUCCAUCUGUACAUAUCGUUUCCUAUGACAUUACUGUAUUUAAGAAAACACCACGGAGAGGAAAUGCCUUUGAUUUUUUUUUUUUUUCUUUUUGUACUUUGGAACGGCGAAAUGAAAACAGAACUUGACCCUGAGCUUAAAUGACAAACUGUGCCAACUACUACUGGUGAUGCCUAAUUAUGAAUCCAACGUGUAACCAGUUAUAAAUACAUAUAUAUAUAUAUAAAAGGAUCUAUUUUUGUGUAAAUGUACAAAUACUGUAAAGCUGUUUGCCGUAAGUAUUUUGCAGGAGGGCCUGUACUGAGUGUUUGGGGUCGGGAGCUGGAGUUCCUCCAAGGGGAAAUGGCCUCAUGUGUUCUAGGUGGGACAGGCUCGGGCACCUGUGGGGUGCGUGGAGGGAGGAGGCUGGCUAGCGCCUGGCUGCCCUGACAACCUCCAGAAUGGGGUUUGAAACCCUUUCCGUGUUACCUCCCUCCCUCCUUGCCCCCAAGUAGAGCUGGAGCGUAGUGACAGAUGGGUGACACUCCUAUCUUUUUUUUUUUUUUUUUUUUUUGAGUUGAAAUGAGUUAAGAUUUCAACUCAAAAGUCAAACUCAGGGAAGAGGCCCACUGCGGAGAGCCUGAGCCUGCCUCCGGCUGCCGGGGUGGCCCUGUGACGCCCUCCUUGCUGCUUCUCGGAACCUUCGAGAAGCCAGAGUGGCCCAUCCUGCCCGGUCAGGGAACUUACGCAGGACUCAACUUCAUGAACGCAGUGAGGAAGGAAGGCGCGGAACCGUGCCUCCUGCGGCGUCCGGGGCAGCGCCGGCUCUUUCGGCUUCCCAGAAGUGACUGGUCACAUCCCUUGCGCGUUUUCCUGCAUUGCCAGGCGCACGGCGGCCCCUUGGUGGCGGACUCGCGCUCACAGGGUGGCGUUGCUGGUGUGUGGUGGUGGUGAUGGUGGGCGGUCGUUUUUGUUCACUGUGACCGCUAGGGUAGUGGGCAGGCAUCUUUCCCCCACCACGGUGGCCGUCUGCGGCGGUUCAUAUCCAGUGCGGCCCAGCGAACUUGGCGUUGCUGACCAGGAGGGGCCUGGGGGUGGCGGAAGCCGCUUUCCGGAAGUGUUUAAAAGCAAGGCUUGUAAAUCACAGGCACCUGUGUCGGAGUCUUAGAUUGAGAACAUCCUGGGCCGAAGCUCAUUGUCUGAAAGGAGUGCGAUUCCCGACCUUGUGGGUGCGGGGGUGGAGGAGAAGGGAGACCAGACAGGAGGGGGACUUGAGCAUCGUUAACCUCUCGGUUUCCGCAUCUGUAUUCCUAGUGCCUGGUGGGCCACGCCCUCGGCGGCUGCUGCUCGGCCGUUGGCGGACGCCCUUGGAGACCCUCCUGUAGCCCUCAGAGCCCCGGCCGAGCCGUUUUCAGUUAAACCCGACUCCGUUACUCUGUAGCCCACGCCGAAUCUCCCACUUCGGACUCGGAGCCGUCCAGGCCGCCCGAGUCUUCGUUUUUCUGGACUUAAAAUUGGGGCUUCAGAUCUGUUUGGCUAUUAAAAACGAAAAGUCAAACCUAGUCCCCGAGAGAGCUCAGGAGACGGCACCGCCGGCCUUGAAGGGAGAGCGUGGUGGUGCCAACCGUGACCUUGGAGCGGGGAUGGCUGCCCCUGUGCGCUCGUGGGACUGGCGCGUUCCAGCCUCAGCGUCUGUUCUCUCCGUAGUGUGCCUCGCACGGUUCUGGGGUGCAGGGUGGACGGCAGGCCUGGGUCAGGAUCCUGAGGACGCAAGGGCUGCCGGUCUGUGCUAGGGGAAACCUCGGCCGUUCAGUGGGUAGGGCGCUCAACUUUACUUGAAGAAGCUCCCAGGUGCCAAACCAUUUAGUGCCUUGGCUGUCUAUCCCACUGCCUUGGAAGAGGGUUCUUCUCAUCUCUGAGCCUUGACUCACUUAAGCUGCUUCCUUAUUGACUUGUGGUGUUGGGACCAAGCCUCCAGAAUGAGCAGCCCCCCCUCCACUGCCCUGCCUCUGCUAACGUGGCCACUGGAGCGUGGCUGGGACACACCGUGCCCGGGGCCAAAAAGGGCUGGGAAGCUCUGCCCCACUCUGUGGCUGCUCUGCCUGUAUCCGUUCAUAUAUCUGAACUUGAGCUUAUCAUAGGACAGGUUGUGGUCUUCAUUCUUUUUUUAAUCUCUGAUUCUAUUGGAGAAUUAGACCUCCUAGAAUGGAGCCAUGGCUGUGGCAUCUGUCAUCUGGGUCCUCUCUGCUCUUCAGGGAGAGGCACAGAGGAGCAGAGUGGGGUGAGGUUGCUCACAGGGGGCAUGGGAGUCCCUUGGCUUCACAGCCACCCAACGGUGCUUGCUUCCCCUUCCCUGGGUGGGUGCUUCCACUUCCACGGGUGUUGUCUGUGGACCACGCCCUGUGUCCAGGGAAGGCUCGGCCUCAUACUCUGUCAUACCAAUGGAACUUCUGCUGUCCUGAGUUCCUGCUAGGGUGGGCUGAGACCAGCAUGGCUGGAGAGACAGGGUCUGAAGAUGAAAAUUCUGUGACUUCCAAGAUUCCUUUGGUUUGUAGUGGACAGGGCGGACUGUUGAAGAGGUGGCGGGGUGCAACACCAGGACCUCCAACAGAAAGGGCAGGGCAGCCUCCAGGCUACCUCCCCCAAGGACGACCUUAAAUCACCUCUGCUUCUGCCCUUGGCCUGCAGCGGGGAGGGGUGCUGGCUCCUGCCUCUCCUGUACUUGGAACUCGAUAUUUGUCACUGUGCCUGAACGGGUUGCCUGCUUCUGGAGCCACCAGGGCAAGCCAGAGGCUUGUGUGCUCCUCGGAGCAGUUGGGAAGCGGAGGGACUCCAGCAGGGUUGGAUCGUGCCUGACUUCCCUUGCUACCCUCUGUGGUGCAGUUUCCUGUUAGCAACCUUGACCUUGUGCUGGCACCCAAGGCUGCAGAAAGGAAGUAGCCUCUUGCAGGCAGGUAUUUCCCUCUGCCCCAGGGGUCUCCCGUGUGCUGGGCUGCUUUUGGCAAGGCCAGGGUAGGUUUUGGGGUGCAGGGCUGUGCUUCUGGGAAAGACCAGCUGGACUUCGGCCACCCUGGUCUGUCACAUUCGGCUCAGGGUGGAGUCGGGGCAACAUUCUUGGUGUCAAAGUGAGGGAAAGGGGUUGGGAAAGGCACGGUUGGGACGUAGUUGGAGCUCCAAGUCCCCUUAAAUCACACAUUGUGGGGCCUUCUUUUGCCCUCGCUGGGCCAGGCGGCUGGUCUUUCCCACACACUGGAGGCAGCGAGUGCCCACCUGGUCCUGCCUCAGGACAGGGUUAGUAGCUACAUACAGGCUUAGACAUUUGUUUUCCUUGGAGAUGCUUGCUCUGGCUCCUUUUCUUUUUACCGCCUCACCUUUAUUGUUAGCAGUUACAGAAGUGGCCACGUAUUAUGUACUUUGCUGUCAAUAAAGACUGAACAAAUGUGACCCAA